CUUCUUCACGCGAUGAAAUUUCUUCCCUGUUUCCUUCUCCUUGGUUGCGAACGAAAGAUUGAUUUUUCGGGGACUAAUUCGUCCCGUCCCGGGUUCUACAUGGAGUCGGUUUCCGUCGCCCCCCAGGAUAAUAUCUUUGCUAUUAUCUGUGUAAAGCGACCGGUUUGUUGAUUCGGGGGUUUUAUGCGUAGGAUUUAUUUGGGUUGGGAUCGAAGACGAGUUCUGCCACUAAAUUAUUUGCAGGCAAUGUUGUGAAUCUUGCGCGGUGCCCGGAAUUAGUUUCUUGUUGUGGUUCUUAUUAUGGGGGAAUAGUAUCUUGUUCCGCGAAGAAUGGAAUCCGCACCUGAUUCAUGAACUAAGAAUCUUGGCUCUUGAUCUCUGCCUCCCGCUUCUCGGAGAUCUCAGUAUCGCCUCACCUCCAAAUUUGCCUUUGAACCAUAUACUAGGCUUGAUCAACGGAAGGAUUUGCGAGAUGGCAGAAGCUGCCAUCAUGAGGUACUGGUGCCAUGUAUGUGAGCAAGCUGUUGAGGAGGCCAUGGUGGAGGAAAUUAAGUGUCCAUUAUGUGAGAGUGGAUUCAUCGAAGAGAUGAUCGGUGAACACUUUGAGGCAUUAGCAAGUCAGCGAUCAGAGCAAAGUCACCCACAAUGGGGCCUGCUGGACAACUCUCUUGAGCUGCCAGGAGGGACGGAGGACAGUGAUGACGAAGAUAAUGACAUAGGCCAUGAGUUUGAGGGUUUCAUCAGGAGGCAUCGGCGGGCAUCAGCGCUACGUCGUGUGCUUGACAGCAUCCAUGACGACCUUCGAGACGACAGGGAAAGGGACAACUCUGUUCUGAUCAAUGCCUUCAACCAGGCCCUAGCUCUGCAAAGUGCAGUGCUUGACCCUGAUGAGGACCGAGGUGACCAUGGCAGCUCAAGUAAUGAUGAUGGUUUGCUGGAGGAGUAUGUCCUAGGGGCAGGGCUCAGUCUGCUUCUUCAACAUUUGGCUGAGAAUGACACAAGCCGAUAUGGUACCCCUCCUGCGAAGAAAGAAGUAGUCGAAGCGUUGCCCACUGUCAAAAUUGAAGAGGUUGUCAGCUGUUCAGUCUGUCUUGAUGAUCUUGAGCUAGGGUCCCAGGCUAAGAAGAUGCCUUGUGAACAUAAGUUCCACUCUUCAUGUAUCCUGCCAUGGCUUGAACUCCAUAGUUCCUGCCCGGUUUGCCGGUUUGAACUGCCAUCUGAUGAGAAAAAAGACUUGAAUGAGACUGGCAACAUGGAUGGAAUAGUGAGCAUCCGUGAGGAGGUCGUUGCUGACGACCCUGGAAAUAGCAGUGAGGAAAGUAGCAGACCUUGGGCCAUUGUUCCAUGGUUUAGUGGUCUAUUCUCGACGCCUGAACCGCAGAAUGUUGGAGGCACUUUUAGCCAUCAGCAGCUGCCACAUGCUUCUGAAGCCAACCCGAAUGGAAGGCAUAGUUGAUCUCCUCCACUCUUGUGAAUAAUGACCAUACAUCUGGGGAUAGUGAUGCAACUUUGUCAGUAGAACUUCUCUUUCCAUAUUACUGAUCAUCUCUAUGGAUGAACAACAGGGUACAAAGUUUGUUACUGCAUUGACAUGUGAUUUGCGCUACUUCACUUUGGUUCAGUCCUACAGCUAAGUUAUUCGACAUGUUAUUACACCAUUUUCUUUCUUUACCUCUUGGGCAUUGAGAAUGAUGCAUUCCGCAUU